GUUGAUGUGAGAGAGACUCGCGAUUGCAUAGUAAGGAACUCUCACCGAUUACAAACUAAUCAAAUUAAUCACUAUGUCAUUACUAGAUAGGUUAACCUGAAUCUUGAACUCGCAUCUAGUUACAUUAAAGGGUAAAUACCGGAAAUAAUUGUCAAGCUUCUUUUAGUCAGUCUAAGAAGCACAUAAAAUGAAAACCAUCAUUUUUGUAUGUUGUAUUAUGUACAUUGCUAUAGUUGAAAGCUCAGAACCAAAAGCAUGCAAUCCUAAUAAUCCUAAGUACAAGCCGGCCUCUGGAGGCGGAAGCCAAUGGAUAAACUGUACCAAACCUAACGAGUGCUACAGCUGUGGUAGUGCUUGCCAAAACGAAUGUAAAACUCUGGGAGAAGUAUGCCCUAUCCUAAAUAUCCGAUGUAAUGAUGCAUGCUAUUGCAUUAAAGGAUAUGCAAGAAAUGCCCAGGAAAAAUGUAUACCAGAAAGUCAAUGUCCUCCAAAGAGAAAAUGAAGUCUCAUGCGUGAUGUUUAUUCCUUGUAUAUGAAAGAAUAGUCUGUUUUUUAUGUCUACAUACAAUAUUUCACUAAUAAACAAGGCAGAAUCAGAUUCAAAAACAAUCUAUGUGGUGGUGGUAUCAACUUUAUGAAUCGGGGAGCUUUUCUUUUUAGAUUUUUCCUAUGGUUACGGAGCUUCUGAAUU